AUGUCACAAAAACAUCUGAAAGAAGCCUUUAUCAGCAACUUAAAUGGAACUAGUUUGCUGGAAAUUUCACUAGGUUUGUCUCUAGCUCCACUCUGCCUGCUUUGCAGAGGACUCCUCUUGAUUUUAUAUUACCUGCACUAUGGGAAACCUUUAAGUUCAAGGAAGUACAGCCUGCUGCUAGACUUCCUUGUGCUAGUAUCUCCUCUCCUCUUCUCCUGUACAGUCUUGUCUCCAAUCAUCUUUUUCAUGCCAACUAUCACUGCAGCCCUCUGUGCUGGAAUAUUUUCUAAAAUAUACAGCCAAAGAAAACAUGGGACCGGAGUGCCUUUUAGGCAAAUUGUAAACGACUUCCAGAAGACAUAUUUGGAUCCAGAAUACAUUCCAGCAAUAACAGUGUUUCGCGUCUAUGUCAACAUGUGGACAUCAAUCAGCAUUUUAGCAGUGGAUUUCCCGCAAUAUCCGAGGCGAUACGCCAAAGCCGAGACCUAUGGAACAGGAGUUAUGGAUUUGGGGGUUGGAGCUUUUAUUUUUGGUAAUGCUCUCGUCUGUCCUGAAGUUAGACAAAAGUCUUACGGGACACAAUCAAAAUUUUCCAAUCUGGCCAGGCAGUUCUUCUCUGUUUGGCCGUUGAUUUUUCUUGGCGUUGGACGACUGCUUAGUGUUAAAACUAUAGAGUAUCAUGAACAUACUUCAGAGUAUGGAGUGCACUGGAACUUUUUCUUUACCUUAGCAUUUGUGAGGCUUGCAGCAUCUCUACUGUUAGCCAUAUUUCCAAAAAAUAAAUCUUGGAUUGUUGCUAUAAAUCUCGCUGUACUUUAUGAGCUUAUUCUCAACACUACCUCUCUGAAGACGUUUAUCUUGCAUGGGAGCAAUGGCAGAGAUACUAGGGUUGGCUUUUUAAAUGCCAACAGGGAAGGCCUUCUCUCUCUUUUUGGAUAUCUUGCCAUAUAUAUGGCGAGUGUCCAAGUGGGACUCUGCCUGAUGAAGUGCAGAAACUCAGUCAAAGGCUGGACGGAAGCAGUGUGUUUCUUACUGCUGACAGUUCUCGUGCUCUUCCUAUUUCUUAAUGUGUCGCAAGCGUAUGCGGACCCUGUGUCCCGCCGGAUGGCUAAUCUCUCCUACUGCAUAUGGGUGGUGGCUCACUGUCUGGCAUUCUUUAUCUGUUUUGUAGCAACUGAUCUCAUGUUGGUGUUCGCAAAGCUUCUUGUGAAGGGGUCCAGCGUGCCCUGUUGUUGGAACAUUGUAAAGCCCCCUAAUACCAGUAAAAAGCAUGAAACGGAGGCCGCACCUGGGGGAAGGGAAGGCAACCUGUCACACAUUUGCCUGAUUACUGCUAUUAAUAAAAAUCAAUUACUGUUUUUCUUGCUAGCAAAUGUUAUGACUGGUACUGUGAAUAUACUGAUAGAUACAAUCCACAGCAAGACUGCAUUUACAUUAUGUAUACUACACUUGUAUAUGUUUUUUAACUGUUUAAUUAUGUAUAUAUUGCAUGCCAAAAAUAUAGUAUUAAAGUUCUGGUGA